CGUGUAUAUGUGACAACUGAAAGCAUCAAUGAUGGUUGUCGUAUUAGCACAAAAAAAAAAAAACAAAAAAAAUUAAUGCACUGGGAAAAGGAACCAAAAACCAAAAGAAAAAAAUAAUAAAACUCCAUGAACUGCCUCAAACCAUGUUGAGGAAUGAUUCAAAAAAAGGCAUUGACUGAUCCCACUGAGAUUGUUGUACAAUACAUAAGCCCGUAGGAUUCAGCUAUGGUGGUGGCUGCUGAUAAUAUGCAAGUUCCUGUUGUAGACUUCUCCCAAUUGCAAAAUGAUUCGCACUCGAAGUCUCUUGUGAUCAAGCAAAUUGGCGAAGCUUGUGGCAGUUUUGGUGUUUUUCAUGUAAUUAAUCAUGGGAUAUCUGAGACUCUGAUUCAACAAGCCAUGGAUGUGAAUUCAAGCUUCUUUGGGUUGCCCCUGAGGAAUAAGGAUAGAUUUAUCUCUGAUGACAUCUAUAAACCUGUGAGAUACAGUCCCAAUCAAGGAGGGAAUCUGGGAUUCUCCAGGGAGUUCUUGAAGCUUUAUGCUCAUCCGUUUGAUGUUUUUGUCUCUUCAUGGCCUGAUAACCCACCUGAUUACAGGGAGAAAAUGGGAAGGCUAUCAAUGGAGAUGAAAAAAUUGGGGGUUGAAAUACUAGAAUUCAUCAUGGAAAGCUUGAAUUUGGAAGCCACAUAUUUGAAAUCAAACAUUGAAGAAGGGAUGCACAUAGUUGCCAUAAACAGUUAUCCACCAAUUUCGACUGAAUCAGAAAUGAAGAAAAUAGGUGUUGUUCCGCAUACAGAUCACAGCAUCAUUACCAUUCUUUUACAGACUUCAGCAGGCCUCCAAGUGAUGGAUCAAAAAACAGGAAAAUACGAAAGUGCGUUUUCCGAGCACAAAGGGUCGAUACAGAUCCUUGUGGGAGAGCAUUUGGAGGUGUUAAGCAAUGGGAAAUAUAAGGCUGUUCGGCAUCAGGUUGAACAAAUGUCUAGGGAUGAAACUAGGCUGUCCGUUGCUAGUUUUCUGAGUUUAGGUAUGGAUGAAGUUAUUGAGCCUGCUGUGGAACUUGUGGAUGAUGAAGAACGUCCUAAACGAUACAAAGGGAGCAGCUUAAGAGACUUUCUCAAGCAUUUGGCUUCCGGAGAAUCAAAGCCUUUCAUUGAGACAAUUAGAAUAUAGGACCGCCAACCUUAUGAAUCAGAUAUUCAUUAGCAACUUUUUUAGGCAUUAUUCAUCCUCAUCUCUCGUGUUUUUGUUUGUUUGGUGGCAAAUCUAAUUUGACAAAUUUUUUAAUGUUACAGUCUAAACUGAUAUUGGAAAAUAUGUGUGAGAGUUGUGAGAUCAAUGGUUUGGUGGUACUUUGGUAGAAUGACCGCUAUUGAAUUGUAUUUUCUUGGUUACUCCCUCCAUUUCAAAAUGUAGGUAGUUUUAGGUUUGGAGAAAUAUUUCAAAAUAUACGUCGUUUUAAGAUUUCAAG